AUGGCCAAACUCGCUCUCUUGCUGGCCUUGACGGCCUCAGCAAUUGCCCAGAAUGCAGCACCGGGAACGACAAAGUUCGUGCAAGGCGAUCCAGCACGAUUCACAUACACGGAUAUGCUCACGCCCUUGUCAUUGCCAUGCGAUGUGUCCGAAGGCCCAGACAACAACAUCUACGUUCAAGCAUUGAUUGGAAAGAUUACUCGAUACAACUACAAGACUGGCGCUCUCAAGGAGUUCGAUAUUCCCUUCACGUCUCCAAUCUUCCCGAACGUCACCCUUCCAUUCCUACUGCCAGACCAGACCAAAGCAGUUUUCCUGUCAUGCGCGAUUCGUAACGGCUAUGAUGGCAAGAUGUACUUCAGCAACGGCAACAGGAACCAGCUUGUUCAGUUCAAUGUUGAGACUGAGGAGAUCAAAGUAUUCACACCUCCCGGCCUUCUCUCAAUCAUCGGCAACGUCCAGCCUUUCAACGACAUCACCACCGCCCCAGACGGCGUCUACUUCACGCAAACAACCAUGAACACAAUCGCCAAAUUCGACUACAACACCCAGAGGAUCACCUACAUCCCCGUCCCAACCCUCCUCUCCGUCCCACUCGGCAUCUUCUACGCCAAAGACGGCGGCGUUUGGUUCGUCGAGACAGUCGGCCAAAAAGUCGGCCGCCUCGACCGCGCCACCCAAGAAAUUACCGAAUACCCCAUCCCCCUCCCCCUCGGCGCCGGCCCCAUCGUCAUGCGCGCCGAAACCACCGCCCCCAACGGCGACAACCUCCUCUGGUUCGCCGCAAUCAUCGGCUCCUCCCUCUGCAGCGUAAACCAGCAAUCGAAAGAAAUCCUCUGCUACCUCGAGAACGUCGGCUCAACAGCGCAGCAAGUCGCCCAAGAUUACCAAGACAACGUCUGGAUCAGCCACACCACGCAGAAUACGCUGGGGGUGUUUAAUCCGAGUUUUAAGAAUUUUACUGAGGUGGUAAUGCCGGGGACUAUUGCGGCAACGCCGGUGAGUUUGCCGCUUUAUGGGGGGACGGGGAUUUAUGGGAAGCCCGUGGGGAAUCCGUUUACGAGGGGGACGGGGAAUGGUAUUUGGUUUACGCAGUUGGUCGCGAAUCGGUUGGUGAGGUAUGAUUUGGAGGGGUUGAGGUAUUGA